AUAAAUAAAUAUUAACAAAAGAAAAAAGAAAAAAAAGAAAAAGAAGAAAGAAAGAGGAGGAACAAGAGGAACACUGAGAUCGAGCUACACAUGAAGCACAGACCAAACUGAGUUUCCAAAUUUCUAUGCAAUUUCCUCAACUUCUCUCUACUCACAGCUCAAUCAAUUGAUCUCUUCAUUAUUCAAAGUUUGAAGCUUUUGGGGUUUCACGAAGCAAUGAGGGUUUUCAGAUUGGUGCAAGUGAUGUAAUGUUUUUCUUCAACGCAAGCAUGGUGUUUCGGGCCCUUUAGUUUGCUUGAUCAAACUCAGGGUUUUGAUUUACCAUACAAUUUGUUGAAUUGGGUCUGAUUUAAGUGAUUUGAUGCUCAAGGGUAGUGUGUUUUUUCAGCGGUUUGAUCUCUAGGGUUUUGGGGUUUGGGAAAUUGAGAUUUGGCUUUGCAUUGUGGGGAUUGUUGAUUUGUGAAAUUUGGGCAAAAGGGUAACUUUAUUGAUGUUCAAAAUUGGUUUUUUAUCUACUGGUUGUUUGGAUAUGCUGAGGUUGUGGUGGUUGAUUUAUGUUCAAUGAUGUGUUAUUGUGUAGUUUUUGAGUACUUUGGAAAUAGAUAUAACUGUAAUUUGGCUCAAAUUGAGGUUACUGGUGGGUGGGUUGUUUUCUGAUUUUGUUGGAAGGUGUAUGAAUCUGUUUGUUGAGAAAUGCAACCUCAACAGAGCUCAAGAAUCAAUUUGGGUGAGUUGAAAGUACUGAUUGUAAAGAAGAUUGGAGUGGAGAAGUCGAAGCGGUACUUUUAUUACCUGAACAGGUUUUUGAGUCAUCAGUUGAGCAAGAAUGAGUUUGAUAAGUUAUGUUUCCGGGCCCUCGGGAGGGAGAAUCUUCCAUUGCACAAUAUUUUUGUGAAGUCAAUUUUGAAGAAUGCCUGCCAAGCUAAGACUCCACCACCUGUCCAACGGUCGGAUCCUUCAAAAUCAGGAGCACGUGUUACUAAUUUAUCUCCUGGUAGGGAAGAUGGACACGAACAGAGUGUUGCUAAUGUGAACUUCCAAAAUCAUAAUGUUUCUGUUUGGUCAAACGGGGUUUUGCCGGUGUCUCCGCGUAAGGUACGGACUGGAAUGCGUGAUCGGAAGCUUAAAGAUAGACCGAGUCCCCUUGGACCAAAUGGGAAAGUUGAUUCUGUUGCUCAUCAUUGCAUGGAGAACGGAGCUAUUACUCCAUGUGAUUAUCAGCGACCAACACAGCAUCUUCAAGCUGUUGCUGAGCUACCUAAGAAUGCUACGGGGGAUGCUAUUCAGGGACUAGCCGAAAAGCCAAGAACACGCGCAAAAGGUCUGACUGAAAUAUCGACCGUGGAAGAUGGAGAGGAGGUAGAGCAACUAAACCGCCUCAAUUUUACCAGAAGUCCUCUGAUAGCGCCACUUGGGAUUCCUUACUGCUCUGCAAGUGUGGGUGGGGCCCACAAAGCAUUGCCUGUGAAUAGCACGGGUGAUUUUGUCGGUUAUUGUGACAGUGGUAGGUUAUCUGAUCCCGAUACGUUGAGAAGGCGCAUGGAGCAGAUUGCAAUGGUACAAGGUCUUGGAGGUGUUUCUAUCGAAUGCGCAAGUAUGUUAAAUAGUGUGUUGGAUGUAUACUUGAAACGGUUGAUCAAGUCUAGUUUUGAUUUAAUGGGAGCCAGGUCUGCAAACCAGCAGAUUCAGGGGAAGGUCAUUAAUGGCAUGUUACCGAAUAAUCAUUUACAUGUGCAUAGUACUGGUAGGAUGGCGGAACCCCAGCCUGAACACAGACCCCAGUUCUCAGUAUCUUUGAAUGAUUUUAAAGUUGCGAUGGAGCUAAAUCCACAGCAACUUGGAGAAGAUUGGCCACUACAAUUAGAGAAAAUUUCUAUGCAAUCCUUUGAAGAAUAACACAUCAAUAAAGAUUUUUUUUUCUUGUACUUAAUCAAUGGCUGGGUCUGUUUCUUCUGGUUCUGAUAUCUCGGCCAUAGUUGGUGAUUAUCGCCGUACUUUGCUCUGUCCAUAUUGCCAAGAUGAACCGGAAGGCAUCCGAACGGGGAAUUGCUAGCCCUUCCAAGGUCAAAUGCUGCUUCCGAGCUUUCAAAUGUUUUAUCUCUGCUAUAUGCUGGAGCUAGCAUGGAUCAGAAAUAUAUUUAGCUGCAACCAAUGGUAAUAUCAAAUGAAGCCCAAGAUUGGUUGCACUGUUGUAUGUGUAGAAUUGAUAUUGACUGUAUUGUUGCUAUUGCGAGAGAUCUCGUUUGCAUUACGGUCAAUGAAGAGACUUGGAAAAAGUUUUGCAGGAAUACUGUUGCGUAGCUGGGGUCUAGCUGGGGUCAAGGAACUGUGACAUGUAUAAGAGCUAAAGGGUUAAAGGGUUGCUCUGUAUGUAAUUUUAGAAUAUGACGAUUGGUUGCGAUUCAAUAUUAAUAACACGUCAAGAUGUAUUAAAGUUUCCUUGAUGAUUUCAGUUUUAUGGUUGA